AUGAACGAUUUUUGCAUAGUUGGACUUGAGAAUGAUACGGAAACGAAUGUUAUCUGUGAUCAGGAUCAAAUUACAGAAGCCAUAUCGACCAACUACAUUGUGAAACCCAAUCCAGCGGUGGCAAUCGGUGAACUCUAUCGAACGUAUGUUGGAAUGGUUGUGAUAUCGGCGAACCUGUUGCUCAUCCUUUUUCUCACAUCAAGACCAAACUUGAGAAAGAAAUAUUUCUUGUUCACAUGUGUUGCCAUUGGGGACACCUUUGAUGGAAGUUAUUUUCUUUUUCCUUCACUAAAUCGACUCUACAAGAUGACAACGGGCACAUAUUAUCAGACCACAACUUUUUGGGAUUGUGUCCAACGAGGCAAUAUGGCUUUUCGUAUUUUUGGCACUGAAUUCGUCGGAGUGAACAUGUUUCUAUUGUCACUUGAGCGGGUACUCGCUGUCGGCUUUCCAUUUUUCUAUAGAGCCCGCUUCAACACGAAAUUCCGUUUGCUGUUGGCCUUCAUCGGUUUAAUAUUUUGUUUAAUCAAUCAAGGUGCCAUGUAUCUUACCUCUUAUUUGUAUGAUGGAAACGAGACACAAUCCGAUUAUUAUUGUGGAAUAUCGGGAAGUGUAACUGAUGGUUUUGCCCUCUACCAUCAGAAUCUCAACAUAGUGACACAAGUAGCUUCAUUUCUUCUUUCCCUUUUUGCAUACGGGUAUGCUAUGUAUUCGAAAAAGAAAAUGGGUCUCGAUACGUCGAAAGAUAUUGCGGCAAUUCGACCCGUUCUCGUCUCGAGUUGUAUCGCAUGUAUUUUGAUUAUCGCUAAUAAUAUUGUUUAUAUUCUGAAAAAUUUUACAAACAGUGGUGUGACGGUGGGCACGCAAAAUAUUGUGGUCACUUGGUCGCCGGCUGUUUUUCAGGUUUACAAAUUCGCUUUAUAUCUGAUGACAUCGAAAGAGAUGCGAAUGUCUUUAAAGCGACUCGUACUCGAUGAAAGCGGUAUACACGGUCCACGAAUGGUUUCCCAAACACCAAUCAUCACUCCAAAUAAACCAACGCUUUCGGCGAUCACCGUCGCCUCGGCGGCAAAUGCUUUCACCAAGAAACUACCGUCACCAUCA